AUGCCCUCGGCUUUGAGUGUGUUUGGCUGCUUCUUGCUGUCAUGGCCUGCAAUCACCGCGGCUAUGGGCCCUGCCCGCCUAGCUGAGCUUCGCAACCAUACCGUCGAAGUGUUCCAGCACGGCUUCAACAACUAUAUGCAGCAUGCGUUCCCCGAGGACGAGCUUCGCCCCAUCUCCUGUACGCCCUUAUCGCGGGAUCCUGCAAACGAACACAAUUACGACCUCAACGAUGUUCUCGGCAACUACUCUUUGACCCUCAUCGACAGCCUGUCAACCCUGGCGAUUCUAGCCGGCACCCCGUCCGACCCUGAUACGGCCACCUGGGCCUUGCGCGAGUUCCAAGAUGGAGUCGAGAAAUUCGUCGACCACUACGGCGAUGGGCGGAAAGGCCCCUCAGGCCAAGGCCGGCGCGCCCGCGGCUUCGACCUGGACAGCAAGGUGCAGGUCUUUGAGACGGUGAUCCGCGUCGUCGGUGGUCUCCUGAGUGCACACCUCUUUGCCGUCGGCGAACUUCCUAUCCCGGCUUACGAACCCGUAUUGCCUAUACUCGAGGAAGCCUCGGACCCCCUUGAGCUACCGCCAAUACCAUGGCCAAGCGGCGGCUUCCAGUACGACGGCCAGCUCCUCCGGCUGGCGCUGGACCUGGGCGAGAGGUUAUUGCCCGCCUUUUACACCAAGACGGGCCUCCCUUACCCGCGCGUGAACCUACGCCACGGCAUCCCCUUCUACGUAAACUCUCCCUUGCACAAGACUUCCCCGAACCACCACGACCACGACCACGACCACGACCACGACCACGACCCCGCCUCGUCCCAAAGGUCGCGCGAGAAGACCGACACGUGCAGUGCAGGUGCCGGCAGUCUGGUGCUCGAGUUUACCGUCCUCAGCCGUCUCACCGGAGACCCUAGGUUCGAGAACCUGGCGAAAAGGGCUUUCUGGGCCGUCUGGAGCGCGAAGAGCGAUAUCGGGUUGGUGGGCAACGCCAUCGACCCGGAGAAUGGCGAGUGGGUGAACUACGACACCGGCAUCGGAGCCGGUGUAGACAGUUUCUUCGAAUACGCCUUCAAAAGCCACGUCCUGCUUUCGGGCCAUGAUCUGCCCAACACCACGACGGCUCGCCCUCGCGGGAAGCCCACGGAUCGUGACUGGCUCGACCCCGACAGUCUCCAUCCGAACCCCCUGGCGCCCGAGGAGCAUUCGUCGGGCGCGUUUCUCGAGGCAUGGCAUCAGGCCCACGCCGCCAUCCGACGCCAUCUAUACAACGAUAUCCACCACCCCUACUACAUGACGGGCCAUCGGACCCGAGGCCACCCCUUCACCUUCUGGAUCGACAGCCUGGCCGCUUUCUAUCCCGGUCUGCUGGCCAUGGCCGGAGAGGUCGCCGAAGCUGAGCAGGCCAACCUGCUGUACACGGCCCUGUGGACCCGAUAUGGUGCCUUGCCCGAGCGCUGGUCCGUCCGAGAACGACAGAUCGACUCGGGCAUCGGCUGGUGGCCGGGACGCCCCGAAUUCAUCGAGUCGACCUACUACCUCUACCGUGCGACCAACGACCCCUGGUAUCUGCACGUGGGCGAGAUGGUGCUCGCCGACAUCAACCGCCUGUGUCGCACCCCGUGUGGCUGGUCCGGGUUGCAGAACGUCGACACCAAGGAGAAGGCGGACCGCAUGCAGAGCUUCUUCUUGGGCGAGACCACCAAGUAUCUGUUUCUGCUGUUCGACCCGGACCACCCUUUUAACAAGCUCGAUGCCGCCUACGUCUUCAGCACCGAGGCCCAUCCGCUCAUUAUCCCCCGGGGACGGCGGCGGCGGCGCCAGAACCGUCCCAUGCCGGACCAACGCAGACAUGUCAACGUCUACUGGGACGAGAGCUAUACCAACACUUGCCCCGUUCCUGCCAAGGAGGUGCCCCUGACCCGAUCGGUGCUCGCCUCGCGGCCGGACGUCUUCCACGCCGCUCACUUCGUGAACCUCCACAAGGCGCCCAACCCCCAGGGCGGUGUCGAAGCCGUUCCCGCAGCGCCAGGUUCCAAUAACACAAUCUUGCGGUACACGACGAACCAUUCCGUCUUCCCCUGGACCCUCCCGGGGUCCAUGCUGCCCGCGAACGGCAUCUGCUCUGCACCCUCUUUCAAGCCGAGCUUCAUCAUCGAGUUCCCGCCCGUAGUGCCCAAAGGCCAAAAUGCGGGCAGCGCCUUCAACCAGUUACUCGCCAAUGCUGCUGCCUUCAAGACUGAACUCGGCAUCAGAAUCGUCUCGCUGAACGGUCUCAGGAUUACCUUCGUCCAGGAGGAGUCUUCGGACCCUAGCUACGACCACGUCUGGCGCAUUACCGGCGUGAAUCUUCUUGUACUCGGCAAGUACGAACUCGUCCAUAUAGACGCCGACCUCCUCUCCGGCGUUGCGGACCCGUUAUUUCAUCGUGUCCGCUAUCCCCCUUACGCCGAUCUCAUCGUCGUCUUCGGUGACGCGGCUGAAGCUGACGAGGAUGCCACCGCCGAAAUCCCGGUCGAGAGUUUUGAACAUCUUGUCGACGGCGCUGGACGGGAGAUCCCACUGACACCAGAAGAAGAGGCCGCUUGGAUGAACCGCGAAAACCAUCCUACUGCACCAGAGGAUCGCAAUCUUGACCCGGGCUACCAAUCUAUGCUCAAAUCCUUUGUCCGUCGCGUCACAUCCGUCUUCGACCCGUCUGGCACGGCCACACCGCGGCAGCCCGGGCCAGACGGCACUGCCCCCCGGCUUCACGUCGAAACCUACAAAGCGGCCCUGCCGGUCGGCCAGGGCGCCGUCCCCCUCCCCGACGUCCCCGACGCGCCUCUCCCCCCGAUCCUCCACGAGGACACGAACCGCUCCACCGACGGGGAAAAACCACCACCACCCAACCACUUCGCCCUCCCCUGGUCGACCGUCUACCUCGCCGACGAAGCCUGCUCCGGCCGCCUCCCCGACGCGGCGCCGCGGGACCACCACAUCAUCGUCAUGCGCCGCGGCGGCUGCACCUUCAGCGCCAAACUGGCCAACAUCCCCUCCUACACCCCGUCUUCGCGCUCCCUCCAGCUCGUCGUCAUCGUGGACGACUCCAACGGCGACGCCGCCCAACCGCCCUGGCAUGCCGCCGACGACUUGACGCGCCCCCGGCUCGACGAGCCGCAGCGCACGCCGGGCGGGUUGCCGAGGCAUCGGCCUGUGCCCAUGGUUCUCAUCCGCACGGGCGAGGGGGGGGCGGCCUAUGAGCAGUUUCGUCGCGCCAGGGGGGUCGGUGUGCGGCGGAAGUACCUUGUUGAGACGCAGGGGCGGCGGGUGGACAACCUCGUCGUGCUCUGA